AUGGGGGACACCUUCAUCCGCCACAUCGCCCUCCUGGGCUUCGAGAAGCGUUUCGUCCCCAGCCAGCACUACGUGUACAUGUUCCUGGUAAAGUGGCAGGACCUGUCCGAGAAGCUGGUCUACCGGCGGUUCACUGAGAUCUACGAGUUCCACAAAACCUUAAAAGAAAUGUUUCCUAUCGAGGCAGGGGACAUCAACCCAGAGAACAGGAUCAUCCCCCACCUCCCAGCUCCCAGGUGGUUUGACGGGCAGCGGGCCGCCGAGAGCCGCCAGGGCACGCUCACCGAGUACUGCGGCGCGCUCAUGGCGCUGCCCGUGAAGAUCUCCCGCUGCCCCCACCUGCUCAACUUCUUCAAGGUGCGCCCCGACGACCUCAAGCUCCCCACGGACAGCCAGCUGAAAAAGCCGGAAACAUACCUGAUGCCCAAAGAUGGCAAGAAUAACGUGACAGACAUCACGGGCCCCAUCAUCCUGCAGACCUACCGUGCCAUCGCCAACUAUGAGAAGAGCUCGGGCUCAGAGAUGGCCCUGGCUAUGGGCGACGUGGUGGACGUCGUGGAGAAGAAUGAGAACGGCUGGUGGUUCUGCCAAAGGAAGGCCAUGCGCGGUUGGGUCCCGGCAUCCUUCUUGGAGCCCCUGGACAGUCCCGACGAGUUGGAGGACCCGGAGCCCAACUAUGCAGGUGAGCCCUAUGUCACCAUCAAAGCCUAUGCUGCCGUGGAGGAGGAUGAGGUGUCCCUGCCUGAGGGUGAAACUAUCGAGGUCAUUCAUAAGCUCCUGGAUGGCUGGUGGGUCAUCAGGAAAGAUGACGUCACAGGCUACUUCCCGUCCAUGUACUUGCAAAAGUCGGGGCAGGACCUGACCCAGGCCCAAUACCAGAUCAAGGGCCGAGGGGCGCCGCCCCGCAGGUCGUCCAUCCGCAACGCGCACAGCAUCCACCAGCGGUCGCGGAAGCGACUCAGCCAGGACACCUAUCGCCGCAACAGCGUCCGUUUCUUGCAGCAGCGUCGCCGCCAGAUGCGGCCGGGGAAGCAGAGCCCUGGGAGCCCGCUGCUCGAGGAGUCGCAGACGCAGCGUGCGAAACCGCAGCCCGCCGUGCCCCCGCGGCCCAGCGCCGACCUCAUCCUGCACCAUUGCAGCGAGAGCACCAAGCGGAAGCUGGCGUCCUCCAUCUGA